AUGAGCGCUAACACAUUCCAGCUCCUGUCCGAAGACUAUACUGAUGAAGAAUUCCUCGAGUUAUUUGGCAGUGAGUAUUUAACUCUGGACAGCGAAUAUCAAGCUUCCAUACAGCAAAUGGCAGCAAUCAAAUCACCCGUCGAACAAAAAAAGGAACAAGCACGAUAUGAACGGGAAAGUGCUGCUAAACUGACGAGGUAUUCACUAACACCUACGUUCACAAUGCCAAGCACCGUCCGUGCUAUACCAACUACGUUAGACGUUCUAUCCACAACCACAUCUCUCUCGUCAAUCGAAACUCCGCCCGUCGAACAUGUCACCAAAAUAAGUAACAAGAAACUGAAGCGUGAACAGUACCGAUUAGCGCGACAAGAAAUACGACGGCAACGUCGUCCUGGCAAUGGAGCGUCAUCAUCAGCCACUAAUAAACCUGGUUUUAUUCAAUCAAAAUUUAAGAAAAAAUCACCUCUGUCUCUUUACAAAAUAAAAGUUUUUAUUCAUAAAUUUCUACAUUUCCUCUCAAAAUUAAUAAAUAAAAAAGGGGACUAUGUAACGAGACAGAACCGUCCAUAUCAUGAUAUUCAUGAACGACGCGCUACCCGUCGACAAAGUAAGAACUAA